CGUGAUGCAGUUGGAGGGUUUUAGCAUGGAGCUUUCCAGAAACCCUAGCAAAUUACAGUAAAGAACCAGAACGGAAAUGAAAGUGGAGAGAUAUUGAAGAGAGAGUUGACAAGACUAAGAAAGUGGACAAUGGCGAUGUACCUAAGACGGGUAAUUUCACAGAGAAGUACAAUUCCCCUACUGAGAAGCUCAACAAGUAUUCAAUCUCGCAGUCUUUCUCACCUCCUCCUCUUCUCUUCCGAUCGCAGAGGAAGAGAGUGCGAUACCCACUUCGUUGUCCCCACUGGUUUCUGCAGAAUUUCUGUUCGAGGAUUUGCAAAAGGGAAAAAGUCAAAGGAUGAUUCUGCUGAGAGUAUCGUGGUUGCCCCAGACAUUGGGCCUACUGUCAAAACAAAUGCUUCCUCACAAAUGGAGGCAGCAAUAGAUGCUUUGUCACGAGAACUAACCAAAUUACGAACAGGGAGGGCAUCUCCAGGAAUGCUUGAUCAUAUUAUUGUAGAAACUGGUGGUAUAAAAAUGCCCUUGAAUCAUGUAGCUGUCGUUUCAGUCCUAGAUUCUAAAACCCUUUCAGUAAAUCCUUAUGAUCCAGAUUCUGUUAAACAGCUAGAGACCGCCAUCAGGUCCUCUCCAUUAGGCUUAAAUCCUGUAGUGGAUGGGCAAAGGUUGAUUGCAACUAUUCCACCAUUAACGAAGGAGCAUAUGCAGGCUGUGUGCAAGUUGGUUGCCAAAUCUAGCGAAGAUGUCAAACAAAGUAUACGACGGGCCAGGCAGAAGGCAUUAGAUACGAUAAAGAAGGCAGGUUCAAAUUUUCCCAAGGAUGACGCAAAAAGAUUGGAGAAAGAAAUUGACGAGUUGAUGAAAAAGUUCAUCAAGAAUGCGGAAGAUAUGUGCAAAGCAAAGGAGAAAGAGAUAACUGUAGGCUGAGCUAUCCCUUUAGAUGUGCAAAGUGCAAAACAGAUUGAAUCUUCUGAAAAUUUUACACCUUUUACUUUCAGAUUUAUUUAGCAAAUUAUUAUUACGUGAUUUGUUUUAUAGCCAAAAGAAAUUUGAAGGCUAUAUGAUGUAGUUCUGACCGAAAAAGGAUUAUGUCACAUGGUUUGCUUGGUAAUAAUUUGGUAUGACAAACACGAAGAUGAUUCAAUUGUUGUAUCUUUGGUAUUGUCAGUUUUAGAUUGUAGCUGAAAUAAGUUAGCAAAACUAGAAGACAAACCAAUCCACUGGAGCCAGUAAGCCUGGCUGGUUGUUA